GUAAAAUUCUACGAACCAUUCAAGGUUAUAAUGAUCGUUAAUAAUAAUUAUGUAAGAUAUAAAUUUUAGAACGAUUUUAGAAACAGUUUACUACAACAAUUGUGAAUAAUCGUCUUGAAUAGGACAAUAUGAGAUAUUUUUUUUUAAAUAAUUUAUUUAUAUUUUUGUUAUUUUGCGUCGGGAAGUUGUCAAAUUCUUACAAGAUUUUGGGAGUGGUGCCUGCUCCGCCUCAUAGUCAUUUCACGUUGGGGUUUCGUUUGAUGAAGGCUCUAGCCGAUAAAGGUCACCAAGUAACUUUUAUUAAUAGUCAUCCCCAAAAAGUGCCCGUUAAAAAUAUCAGGGAUGUGUCUACGGAGGAGAUCAAAAAGAUCUUCGAAGAUUACACUAGAAAAUUUGUUGAUUUGGGUAAAUGGUCAUAUUGGAAACAACUAAAUUGGGUGGCCGAUUUAGGAGCAGUAAAAUCAAGAUUAAUUUUCAAAAAUAAAAACGUUCAAAAUUUAUUAAAAUCUAACGAAACUUUCGAUCUCGUUAUAUCAAAUCACUUACUUAGCGACGCUUUUGCUUAUUUCGCUUACAAAUUCAAAUGCCCUUUAAUUAUCCUGACUCCUGGUUCGACUAAUUUAUUCAGUAACUAUUUAGUGGCGAAUCCUUCACCGCCUUCGUACGUUACUAAUUUAUUAGCCGAUUACGGGGCGGAUAUGAAUUUUUGGCAAAGAUUUUCAAACAUAAUUCGCGAAUUAGUCGGAGAAAUAUUCAUCCACAAUAUCAUGAUACCAAAACAGAACCAAGUUCUUAAAGAAUUGUUCCCGGACGCUCCCGAAUUAACAUCGAUUUUGUACAACGCCAGUUUGAUUCUAGCAGCGUCCCAUUCCAGUUUCUACGAUCCGAUACCUUUGCAGCAAAACGUUAAAGAAAUUGGCGGAUACCACGUCCAACCACCCAAGCCCUUACCUAAGGAUUUACAAGAAUUUAUGGAUAAUUCACCAGGAGGUGUCGUCAUUUUUUCCAUGGGAUCGAAUUUUAAAAGCGCGGAUUUCCAUCCUGAAAAAAGGAGAGCCAUUUUGAACGCGUUUUCUAAAUUAAAACAAAAAGUUUUGUGGAAAUUUGAAGCGGAUUUGCCGGAUAAACCAAAAAAUGUAAAAAUUUCAAAUUGGUUACCGCAAUCGGAUAUUUUAGCCCAUCGAAACGUGGUAGGCUUCAUUUCGCACGGUGGACUACUGGGUACCACCGAAGCAGUUUACCACGGAGUACCCAUAUUGGGAUUACCAAUAUUUUGGGAUCAAAUUAAAAACGUCGACGUGGCGGUUUCCAAAGGAUUCGCCCUCAAAUUAGAUUUCCACAAUCUCGAUGAAAAAUCAUUCGGUGACGCUUUGAACGAAAUUUUAAAUAAUCCAACUUAUAGGGAGGCGGCAAAAGAACGUUCAUCUAUAAUGCACGAUCAGCCGAUCAAACAAAUCGACGAAGCGGUUUUUUGGUGUGAAUACGUUAUCAGACACAAGGGGGCGCAGCAUCUACGAUCCCCGGCUUUAAAUCUCCGAUGGUAUCAGUCGUACUACAUCGAUAUAAUCAUUUUUAUCAGUGUAGUUUUAAUAACUCUAUUGUUAAUUACAAAAUAUUUAUUAAUUUUUAUAUUUAAGAAAUUUUUUAUUAAAGAAAAUAACGAAAAGAAAAAUAAAUAAACAGAAUUUUUCGAUUUUUA